AUUAAAGGUAUUCCGUAAUAGUUCUUGUUAUUACUGAUUUUGAUUGUGUAUAUUUUGUUUAACUGAAUUUUUAUUUUAGCCAUAAAUAGAAUGGAUAGUUUCAAUAGCAAGGUUCUGUGCACAAGAGCCGAAGCCCUGCUGAAAUCCCUUAUCCCAGCUAUCCAACAACUUUGUGCAUCUGACCUGCAACUGCCCAAGGAUCAGCAAAAGCCUGCCAUUCACCAGUUUUUGAACACACUUAUUAGUGGCGCAGAGCUGGUGAAAUAUUGUGAGAGCAUUAGCGCUUUCAAUGUAUUUCGUAGGUGUAGAUUUGCUUCACAGAUACUCAAGCUAGAAGAGGAGAUUGAUGGUGUCAUGGUUUAUAUCCCAGCAAACGUUGAGUUAGAUGCUAGAAGUCUUAAUGCAGUCUUGAAAGAUCUGUACAAGGAAUUAAAGCCUCCAGAUAUAAGUCGCACGCUGAAUGGCUUUAUUCAACAGCAAAUGAGUUUAGGUAACCUGUGUCAAAGUACUGGAAUGGAAGAGGCUAACAAAUGCUCUUAUCUUAGCAAUGUUCCUGUGAAAUCUCGGUUUUAUGCGGGAUUGGAGAGGCCUGUUGGGGAUUUGAAGGAGCUUUUAUUCCAAAGCGAGGUGACAGUCGUUGGGGUGCAUUGUAUGGGGGGUGGUGGGAAAACGACUUUGGCCUUGGCUAUUUGUAAUGAUCCCCAUAUCAAAGGUUAUUUUGAGAAUGUACACUUCAUUACAGUUUCGCAGUCACCAAAUUUGAAGGGAAUUAUAGAGAUGAUGUGGGAGAAGAUUGUUGGAAGGAAGAAGCCCGAGUUUCAGAAUGUAGAAGAUGCACGUAUACAGCUAAAGCAGCAGCUUUCUUGUCAAUCCAAGCGUACGCUGAUGAUAUUGGAUGACGUCUGGUCCAGGGCUCAUUUGGAGGAGUUACUACUUGAAGCUCCAGGGUACAAGACUGUUAUCACAGCCAGAGACAGUUCUGUCAUCCCCCGAAACUCCUGUACUCGACUGUAUCAGUUGCCAUUGCUGGGCGACGAGGAUGCGCUCUCGCUUUUCUGCUUCUCGGCUUUUGGACAGACAUCAAUUCCUUGUACAGCUGAUGCAAAUCUAGUCUUGGAGGUGCAAGCUGAAUGCAAGGGCUUACCCCUUGCUCUAAAGGUGAUUGGGAGCUCUCUGAAUGCGGAACCUCAUGUGACAUGGUUGAACGCAAAGAAUAAGCUAUCCUUGGGGGAAUCCAUAUCCAGUGAUCAUGAAGAAGGGCUUUUUAGAUGCUUGAAGACCAGUAUUGAUCUCUUGGAUGAUUUUGGGAGGGAAUGCUUCUUAGAUUUGGCCUCAUUUCCAGAGAACAAGAAAAUCUGUGCUGAUGCACUGCUGGACAUUUGGGUUUAUGUUCGGAAGCUGGAGAGGCAAGAUGCCUUUAUGAUGUUGUGGGAACUUGCAAAGAAAAAUCUCUUGAAUUUAGUCAGCAGCUCGGGAAGCCAAGCAACAAUCUCUUAUGGAAAUGCCUCCGAGCUGUACUUUUAUCAGCACGAUGUCAUGCGAGAUUUGGCCGUAUAUUUGGGAAGCCAGGACAAUAUAGUCCAUAGGAAGAGAUUAUUCAUGCCCAGGAAAGAGACGAGCUUGCCAGGGGAGUGGGGGCAGAUGCUUAGUGAUAGACCAGUUAAUGCUCAAGUUGUCUCUAUUCACACAGGCUCUAUGGUUGAGAAUCAAUGGUAUGAUAUGAAUUUUCCAGAGACAGAGGUUCUGGUGUUACACUUCUCUGCAAGCAAGUACUUUCUACCACCAUUUGUCAAAACAAUGAAAAGACUGAAAUUUUUAAUGUUGUGUAAUUUAAAUUCGAAGAGGGCCCCAAUAGAAGGUUUAGAUGCCUUAUCUUCACUCACUCAGCUCAGGAGCGUUCGCUUGGAGAAGUUGGAUGUACCCACUAUUUUAGAACAGAUUAAAGUAAUACAAAAAUUAGACAAACUAUCUCUAAGCUUAUGCGAAGGUUUUGGAAAUAUUGCCACAUUCGGCAACACCAACCUACAAGAAUUUAACCUCGACCACUGCAGUGAUUUGGAGGAAUGGCCCACAGACAUCUAUCGUAUGCCCUCUGCUCAGAUAUUGUCUAUUACCAACUGCCAUCUGGUUGAAAAGUUACCAUAUGAUCUGGGGAACCUGAGGUCUCUAAGAAUGUUGAGAUUAUCAGCAUUACCAGCGCUGAAAGAGCUUCCGGCAUCAAUUGGAAAACUUGGGCUGCUGGAAUUUCUAGACAUUUCACUGUGUGAGGGCUUGAAAGAACUUCCAGAGGAGAUAGGUCAACUCAAGCAAUUGAAAGAGUUUGACAUGAGAGAGUGUUCUCGUUUGAGGAGGUUGCCUAAAAGUGUUUGUGAACUAAGCUCUCUGAAACAUGUCAUCUGUGAUGAGAAGAUUGGGCACCUGUGGUUGCAAGUUAAGGCUUCUUUUGUGCCUGAUCUUAGAGUUGAAAUCGUGGAACCGCAAUUUACUUUGGAUUGGCUUGAUGAUUGAUUUCACUAAGCAAACUCCAACUAACUUGACAACCUUGUAAGUAAUCACUAUGGUCUCUUUAUUCGUUCCUGUAUAUAGAGCACACUGUAGUUUUCAGUUAAGCUAAAUCUGUAAGAGUUGUUAAUGCAUAUAUCUACCAUGUAAUUUGUAAUGUUAGAAUGUUUAGAAACAGUCUCCCAGUAUCAACAAUUUGUUUGGGGCAUCUUUGGUUGAGGGUGACUCUGUAUGAAAGAGUGUAAGGUAUAUUUUGGUCUUGUGAUUUUUAAUAUUCGAUGUUUUAACUUAAGAUGUAAUUUGUAAUGUCUAUGUCAAAGAUUUGCCUUUAUUAGUCUUCCAGUGCCCAUUCUUUGGUUGAAGGGGAAACUGUGUGAGCGUUUAAGGUGUAUUUUGCUGUUGUAAUUUUUAAUAUAUCGAAGUUAAAACUUCGAAUGUAAUUUGUAAUGUAUAUGUCAAAGCUUUGAUCUUCGCAACAGUCUUCUAAUGUCAUCAAUUUACUUGUGGCAUUCUUUGGUUGAGGGAAAACUACAUGAAAUAGUUUGUAAUGUAUUGUAUAUAUCG